AUGUCCAUUUUCACUAGGAUUAGUCAGACUCUUGGUAAAGAUGUUGUUGAUUUUUGUGUAGACCCAAAUGAAAGGAGAAGUGAUGAACAAGCAAAUGAAAAGAAGAAGCUGCUAGAGAAGUCAAAUGAUGUAGUUUCAAAUACCAAUGAGUUAAUUAUUGAAAAGUCAAAGGUAGUUGAAAAAAGGGUUGAAAGUAAGGAAGCUACAAAAUUAGUUGAUGGAAACACUCUAAAACCGGAUGAAAAUCCAGUUGUUCCUUUGUCAGAAAUCAAAAUUCUUCCCCCAUUCAUACAGAGUCUCAAGAAGAAAGAAAAUGAUACCAAGUUCAAGAAAUUUGUUGCAAAAUUUAACAACCUAUCAGUGAAUAUCCCUUUGUUAGAAGCUUUACAAAAGAUGUUCGGGUAUGCUAAAUUCAUCGAGGAAUGGGUCAUAAAGAAACUAGUUAUGGAUAUUGAAACUAUAGUGGUAACCCACAAUUAUAGUGCCAUAAUGUCUUGCACAAUAGUGGUGAAGAAGGACAACUCGGGUGCAUUCAUUAUUCCUUGCACCAUUGGGGUGCAAAAGUUUUGA